AUGUUCCCACCCAAGCACCAUGUUCUCAGAUUGCCCAUGCCAAACCCUCCGCCCAUGAUCAUAUCUGCUAGUCGCUACGCAAGCAAGAGUGCCGAAGAACUUUGUCUUGUGACAGAGGUGUAUUCACUUCUACCGGAUCACCUCCAUCGUUUUGUACCUACCUCUCAUUUUCAAUCAUUGCUAGAGCAGCAUCUCCAAGGCAGGCGCUCGAGUGAGAUCGGCAAACUACGCUUGAUGGCAGGGCGUAUUUUUGGUCUGGAUUCGUCCUACUUUGACCUGUGUUUCAUGAAGUGGGAUACCAUUCCUGAGAUCCAGAAGAUGCUCAUGUUGAAAGGUGAAACUAAUAGACAAGUCUCAGCGUUGGUGAAAGAACCACUAUGCAUUGACAGUACCUAAUAGACAAGUCUAGAGACAAUUAAUCAUAAGAGAAAGCAAGUGUGCAAACAGUAGAGAUACAUACCUCAGCGUUGGUGAAAGAACCACUGAGAUAUAAACAAACGUAGACAGUGAAGUGAUAUAGUAGAUGAAAGG